AUGUCCUCAAGGGAUGACUCAAACAUGAUUAAACCUCCAAGCUUCUCACCUUGGAGUUCAGUCAAUAAACCUCAGACUAACGGUCCAAACCCUGCGCGUGUUGUCAGCGACAUUAUAGAAAACGCAGCAGUCAAAGCUUCAGCAGCUGGGAUUCUAUCGAGUAACCCAAGAAUCCAAGCCGCGCAGUCAGAGUGGGAACGUAAAAGUCAAGGACAACCUUCAAUGCCUUCUUCUACAGGGCCACCUGGGGCAUCUUCACUGAUACCUCCUCAGCUAAAGAGGAACUCUCCAGCUUCAGAUAUGCCAGCUGCGAAGAGGCAGACCACUGAAAAUAUCAAAGAUAUUCAGACUAAUUCUCGCGAAAGCGCUCAUCGUUUUACAGAGGCGGAGGUGGCCAGGCAAAUGGCUGAAUUGACUGGUGCAUCUAUCAAAAAGAGUGCGAUGUAUCUUGCACCACAACACGCUGCGCCGAUGCAUUUCGCUACAGGGGCUGAAUUGCUCAAAAAAUACACCAGUCAAAGUUCACCAUCACCAGCUCCAACACAAACACCAAUACCUGUACCUGUACUUCCUGCAUCUGCACCAGUGUCUACGCCAGUUCCUGCGCCGGGACCAGCUAAGUCGCCAGAUGCUCCAUCAUCAGGUGAUAGGAUUGUCGCAAUCCCUAUGGCUGAUGCCGAUCGGUUGUACAGUUUGUAUCCUCUACCUGAAGGUGGAACAGUCUCAGCCCGGGGUGCAAUAAUUCCACCAAACUACAAACUCCACGAUGAUCCUGAUCUUCAGUUUAUCUGCCCUGUGCGAGACUGUCGCCGUUUGUUCAACGGACUCAAAGGCCUUGGUGGUCAUUUUGGUGCUGGCCACUGCUUGACUACCUUUAACGACAAUGGCGAUGGCACGUUGACCAAAGUCGGUACCUACCAAAGGAAUGGUCCUGGCGGUACACCUGGCAUCGUUGUGUCCAGAAAUCCCCUUCCUCCUGAUGCACCACCCCCAGUGGAUCCAGGAUUGUCCACGUUUGCUUCAGCCCAUCAAAUCCGCAUGUCUCGAGCUGUAGAAAUGGUGAAGAAAACCACGCGUCUUCAAGGGUCUACGAGUCAAUCUCCAACUCCUCCCGUGCUUUCAGAUCCCACCAUCAAAUCUUAUCUUCACCAGUAUCUCAGCCCAGCUCAAAGGACACACCGCCGAGAGGAUAUCACAUUUAUGCUGGCGCUACCUCGCAAGCGCGAUCUCCCUGAAAGCUGGAAGCAAAUCCACCGUGGCGGCAAUCUUGAUGUUAACCACUAUGCUUGUGCAUUGGCAUACCUCACUGGCAGAGUGGUCACUGGCAGUGAGCAGUGUAUAGCCAACACAACACGACCAUCCUCGCGACUCUCAGAGCAUUGCAUCGCCCUCCCGUCAAGUAUGCCUUUAUCGGCAAAGCAAGCGUUCUCUACUCUAGAGUCUUGUGUUGGAUGCAGAUACUGGUGUCACCAUCAGCGACGCUCAAACGGUUGUGAUUGGUGUCCUGAACCUAAGAGGGGGCGAGGAACCUCUGGCGGUUCGGCGAGGUCAUCUUCAUCCGAAGUCAGUCAGGGAACGGACAUUGAUAUUGAGGAUGUGGUCGAGGAACCAAUGGAGCCCGUGGAGCCUGUUCAAGAACCUAAGCGAGCCAAGAGGCGUUCCUCCAUCCAAAAUACCCAAGUCACUAUGCGAGAAUACUCGAUCGGCAUUGCAGGUAGACCAAGCCAGGCGGGCGUUGAGCUUGAGAUGGAGGAUUGGGAGGUUGCUCCAGGAAGAAUGAAGGAUAUUCUCUCAGAGAACAUUGCCUUUUCCAACUCGUAUCUGACUAGUGGACAACCCGUCACCGUUUCCGAGGAUAUCAGUUUUAAUGUCAUCGUCCUUAAGCCGGGUAGUGCCAGCCAUUGGAAGGUCGAGGAUGAUAAAUUGCGAACAUGCUCUGUCGCGGCAGGCAAGGUUCGAGUGACAAUGGGGGAGCAGACGUUUCAGUUGGGUCCAAACGGCAUGUUUGUUGUUCGACCGGGACAGGCUUGCAAGGUUGAGAAUCGACUCUAUCUGGACUCUGUGGUGCACUGCACUACUAUUGGAGACUUUUCGCUGCAGUAA